AAAGGAUGUGGUGUUUGCUUCUCCGGGUCCUCCGGUUACCACAACACGCCAGGCUGUUGCCUGGCGCUGCUGCUCUAUAAAACAGCUUGCUGUGUGCGUACACUCAACAUAACAUCCCCAGCCACUCAUCUCAGGUGAACGAGGGACUGCUUCAACGGAACGCAAACAUGCGUGAAUGUAUUUCUGUCCAUGUUGGUCAAGCUGGAGCUCAGAUUGGCAAUGCAUGCUGGGAGCUCUACUGCCUGGAGCACGGCAUCCAGCCGGACGGUCAGAUGCCCAGCGACAAGACCAUCGGAGGAGGAGACGACUCCUUCAACACCUUCUUCAGUGAGACUGGAGCUGGUAAACAUGUUCCCCGGGCCGUCUUUGUGGACUUGGAGCCAACUGUCAUAGAUGAGGUCCGCACAGGAACCUACCGUCAGCUGUUCCACCCUGAGCAGCUGAUCACUGGAAAGGAAGAUGCAGCCAACAACUACGCUCGUGGCCACUACACCAUUGGCAAGGAGAUCAUUGACCUUGUUCUCGACAGGAUUCGUAAAUUGGCUGACCAGUGCACGGGUCUCCAAGGCUUCCUGAUCUUCCACUCCUUUGGAGGAGGAACCGGCUCUGGCUUCACCUCUCUGCUCAUGGAGCGUCUCUCUGUUGACUACGGUAAAAAGUCCAAGCUGGAGUUUGCCAUCUAUCCAGCCCCCCAGGUGUCCACAGCUGUGGUGGAGCCUUACAACUCCAUCCUGACCACCCACACCACCCUGGAGCACUCAGACUGCGCAUUCAUGGUGGACAACGAGGCCAUCUAUGACAUCUGCCGCAGGAACCUGGACAUCGAGCGUCCCACCUACACCAACCUGAACAGGCUGAUUGGACAGAUCGUCUCCUCCAUCACCGCCUCCCUGCGCUUUGAUGGAGCCUUGAAUGUGGACCUGACGGAGUUCCAGACCAACCUGGUGCCCUACCCUCGUAUCCACUUCCCUCUGGCCACCUACGCCCCGGUUAUCUCAGCAGAGAAGGCCUAUCACGAGCAGCUCUCAGUGGCAGAGAUCACCAACGCCUGCUUUGAGCCAGCCAAUCAGAUGGUGAAGUGUGACCCCCGUCACGGCAAGUACAUGGCCUGCUGUCUGUUAUUCCGUGGUGAUGUGGUGCCCAAAGAUGUCAACUCUGCUAUCGCCACCAUCAAAACCAAGCGCACCAUCCAGUUUGUGGACUGGUGUCCCACAGGCUUCAAGGUGGGCAUCAACUACCAGCCUCCCACUGUGGUUCCUGGAGGAGACCUGGCCAAGGUGCAGAGGGCCGUGUGCAUGUUGAGCAACACCACCGCCAUCGCCGAGGCCUGGGCAAGACUGGACCACAAGUUCGACCUGAUGUACGCCAAGAGGGCCUUCGUCCACUGGUACGUGGGAGAGGGAAUGGAGGAGGGAGAGUUCUCAGAGGCCAGAGAGGACAUGGCUGCCCUGGAGAAGGACUAUGAAGAGGUGGGAACUGACACCAUCGGGGACGAAGGAGAAGAAGAAGGUGAAGAAUAUUAGGUUUGAACCAAAAAACAAAACCAACACUGACUGAAUUCCUUGACGGUGUCAGUGUGCUUCAAGCAAACUACGAUCCACAAUGUCAGGUCUCUGUUAUGUUGUUGAUCUCUGUUUCUUAUGUUUCCACAAAAAAUGAUGUCAGUUGCUGUCUGUAGUGGUCAUAACUGAAGAAUAUGUUGUUUCAGAAAGUUCCAAACAUUAAUGGACACUAGAACAUGAGUUUGAAGCGUACUGAAGCCUCUUGUAGCCACUCAUGUAAAAACAUACGGUUUGUGAAACGGUGCAUCUCAUGAACUUUUGAUGGUCAUUUUUUCCUUGUGCAAAAAUUAACUGGUCUUGUUGGCAGUCAUGGUGACAUUUAGCUUCUGUUGAAAUGCAAACUUGUGCUUUAUGUCGACAGGUGCUAAAAUUCCACCGAAUAUUUAUCUCCCUUCAGUGCUAUGCUGCAGAACAGCUCCCUCUGUAUUACCAUUACCAAUGUAAGGCUGCGCUGUACAGGAACAGUCUGUUUUAUUUCAAAUUUUCAGUGAUAUUUUACAUCUGACAGAAACCAUGGAGAAAUGAAGAGAAAUACAGUGUCAAAAUAUCAUGUUUUCUCUGUAUCUUUGUGUGCAAACAAUAAACAUUAACACAUGAAACAAUAAACGACAUGAGACAUUACAUUG